UAGCGCACAUAACUCAACUGAACUGUGAUCUUUAGAUAAGAGGGCAAUUAACGUUGGUCUUUGUUACGUUAUUUUUGUUUAUUAUCAAUUGUGUCUUCCACUACACAUUAUUAAAAUGCUAAGAACCGGAACUGCUGCUGUACUUCGACAUGUAAACAAAAAGGUGCAGUCUGUGCAACAAAUACGUCAUUUGAAUUUACUUGAGUUCCAGAGUAAGGAUUUGUUACAGAAGCAUGGCGUAGCUAUACAAGAAUUCAAGAUGCUCGAUGCCACUACUGCUGAUUUGGAAGUUGUGAAGAAAUUCGAAUGUCCAGAGUACGUUGUCAAAGCACAAAUACUAGCGGGUGGUCGUGGGAAGGGUGUAUUUGAUAAUGGUUUCAAAGGCGGCGUGCACAUAACCACAAAAAAAGAUGACGUUUUAUCAUUAACUAAGAAAAUGAUUGGCAACCGCCUCAUAACAAAGCAAACUCCAAAAAAUGGCAUUUUGGUUAAAAAAGUAAUGGUAGCACGCAGUGUAAAUAUUACACGUGAAACGUAUCUCUGUAUUUUACUUGAUCGUGAGCACAAUGGACCUGUACUUAUUGCUUCACCAGCAGGUGGCAUGGAUAUUGAAGCUGUAGCUGAGGAGACACCAGAAAAAAUUAAGACCGUACCACUAGAUAUAGAUAAACCCAUACCAAACGAUGUACUUUUGGAUGUUGCAAAAUUCUUAGAAUUUAAAGGUGCUUCCCUGCAACAUUGUGCCAAUGAAAUACAAAAGUUGUAUACGCUUUUCAAAGCUGUGGAUGCUGUACAAAUUGAAAUAAAUCCUUUGGCUGAAAUCGAUACCGGCGAAGUUAUUUCAGUUGAUGCUAAACUAAAUUUCGAUGAUAAUGCAGCUUUCCGUCAAAAAGAAAUUUUUGCUAUGGACAUAACAGAGGAGGAAUCCGAUCCACGUGAAGUCGAAGCAGCAAAACAUAAUUUAAAUUAUGUAGCAAUGGAUGGUAAUAUUGGUUGUCUUGUUAAUGGCGCUGGCUUAGCUAUGGCUACAAUGGAUAUUAUUAAACUUAAUGGUGGUGAACCAGCUAAUUUCCUUGAUGUUGGCGGUGGUGUAAAAGAAGAUCAAGUGAUGAAAGCCUUCCAAAUACUAACAUCAGAUCCAAAAGUUAAGGGUAUAUUAGUUAACGUUUUUGGUGGCAUUGUAAAUUGUGCUACUAUUGCUAAUGGAGUUGUGGCCGCAUCAAAAACACUCAAUUUAAAUGUACCACUGGUGGUGCGUCUGGAAGGCACAAAUGUAGAUGAAGCACGAAAAAUACUUAAAAAUUCUGGUCUUGCCAUACAAACUGCUAAAGACUUAGAUGAUGCAGCACAGAAAGCUGUUUCCGCAUUAAAUUAAGUUCUAAAUGCUGUCAAACUGCCCAAUUCCAAAUUGUUCAAUAGGAAAUGACUAACAUUUACAUUAUUAUAGACAUAUAAGACCCAUAUAAGAUCGUCCUUGUUCUAAUUUUAAAGAA